UUUGACUUUGGGACUUUGGGAUUUGGGAGAUCCAGAACUAUUCUCUUUCUUUGGGGGCUUCGGCUCAACUGGGGGCUUCGGCCAUUUGUUACGAUUACUGUUCUUCUUCUCUAAUAAAAUUGCAGUUAGUUUUCUUGAAUCUUCUUCUAUAAUCUUCUGUAUUACUGUACAUACUUAUCAUUGGUAUCAGAGACUGUUCGAUUCCUGGAUGAGAAUUACGCGCGCUAAAAUGGAAGGCAGAAUUAACGAUGUGGAGCGGAAUCAGAGAGAGAUGGAGACGAGGACUGAGAGGCAUCUGCAGGAAAUUCAGAAUACGCUGUUGGAGAGAAUGGCGGCGAUGCAAACUGACAUCGCAAGGUUGCAGGUCAAUCGAUCGGGACGGUCGGGGAGCCAUUCACAUCGAUCGAGUACGUCGCAUCGAUCAUCUCACCGGCGUUAUGCGAAGAAUGGCGAUAGUUUAGAAAGUUCGGAGUAUGAAUCAAACCCUACAGCCUAUCCACAUGAUUCCGGACAUCGUCGAAUGCACAAAUAUCAUCACCAUUCGCCUCACCAUCAUCGUUCACUUCACCAUCAUCGUUCAACUCACCACGCUAAAAUGGAAGGCAGAAUUAAUGAUGUGGAGCGGAAUCAGAGAGAGAUAGAGACGAGGACUGAGAGGCAUCUGCAGGAAAUUCAGAAUACGCUGUUGGAGAGAAUGGCGGCGAUGCAAACUGACAUCGCAAGGUUGCAGGUCAAUCGAUCGGGACGGUCGGGGAGCCAUUCACAUCGAUCGAGUACGUCGCAUCGAUCAUCUCACCGGCGUUAUGCGAAGAAUGGCGAUAGUUCAGAAAGUUCGGAGUAUGAAUCAAACCCUACAGCCUAUCCACAUGAUUCCGGACAUCGUCGAAGGCACAAAUAUCAUCACCAUUCACCUCACCAUCAUCGUUCACUUCACCAUCAUCGUUCAACUCACCAUCAUAGUUCACGACAAGCAACCAGCUCAGAAGGAUCGGAAAACAAUUCGGAUUACUCUCCUUCACGUCGACAUCAACACCGCGAUCACCACAGGUAUCAUCGAAAUCAUCCUCCUAUAGGAAGGAAAAUCGAAUUACCUCUUUUCAAUGGGGAAGACGCAGGCGGAUGGUUAGUCAGAAUGAAUCGCUACUUCCGCUUGAAUAGGACUGAAGAAGAGGAUAAGAUUGACGUUGCAGUCGUGGCUAUGGAAGAUCAGGCCUUAAGCUGGUUUCAAUGGUGGGAGAGGCAGGCUACGCAUCAAAACUGGAACUCUUUUACUCAAGCAUUGACCAGACGCUUCCAGCCAGGCAUGGUCAAGGAUCCUCUGGGGCCUUUAUUCAGUUUGAAGCAGAAAAAUACCAUAGAGGAAUAUCGAGACAAAUUUGAGACUGCAAUUGCUACACAUGGACACUUAACUGAAGAGGUAUUGAAAGGAGCGUUUCUUAAGGGCCUCAAGCGUGAUGUAAAAGCUGAGUUGAAGCUAUACUCUACAAGAACUUUGGCUGAAGUUAUGGAUGUGGCUUCUUUAAUUGAGAACAAGAACUCUGAAGCCUUGAUUGUUAAGAAUAAAGAGGAAGGAAGAAAAACAGGACAGAGCUAUCCUAAAUGGGGAGAUGGUAGUCGAAAUAGUUAUAAUCUGGCAUCUACAAAUCAAUUGAUGAAGAACUCAGAUGGUAGCCAGAAGCUGGAAGAAGGAUCAAGUUCUGUUUCUAUGAAGACAAGUCCCAGAUUAUCACAGAGUGAGCUGCAAGAAAGAAGUAAAAAAGGGUUAUGUUUCAAGUGUGGCGAAAAUUGGAACAGGGGUCACAUUUGUAGAAUGAAAAAUUUUACAAUGAUGCUGGUAGAACAAUCUGAAGGUGAGGAGAAAUCUGAUACUGAUUAUAGUAAAGAUAAAGGAGAAGAAGGAAUACAUAUGGAAGCUAAGACUAUGCAAUUAUCUGUAGUGGACAAAGAAGGAACAUCACCCAUGAGCACAUUCAAUGUCCUGGGAAAUCUGAAAUGGAUGACUGAGGAAAAGAAGGUGAAUAUCUUGAUUGAUUGUGGAGCUACUCACAAUUUCAUUUCACAGAAGAUUGUUGAGGAAUGGAAUAUACCUUUUAAUUGCAUUAAGGGGAAUAAGGUGCAGAUGGGGAAUGGGGAAUUUCUUCCCAACUAUGGUAGGUGUGAUGGGUUGACAGUGGAUGUACAAGGUAAUGCAAUUCUGCAGAAAUUCUACAUUCUGAAAUUGGGGGAAAUUGAUGUCAUGCUGGGAAUGGAAUGGUUAGCUGGCCUAGGAGAUAUGGCAGUUAACUUUCGGAAUCAGACCCUCCAAUGGGAGGUGCAUGGGCAGAAGGUACAUAUACAAGGAGACUCUUUAUUAAGGCAACUGGAAGCUUAUAAGGACAUGAAGAGCCUGAUAAAUAAGAAUGGAGAAGGAAAAGGGCUGAACUACCAGGAGUUAUCAAAGAAUGCAGUCCCCUAUGUGGCAACAGGCUGCACCUUAGUCUCCACAGAAGCUGCAGGAAUCAAUGUUUUGGAUAAAAUGAUAUGGCACCUGUGUAACUCUGCUGCAAAGUAUUUAUGGCAGAGGAUAGAAGUAGUAAAGCUUAUGAUCCAGCAGUCAGUCAAGUAUUGGAAGGGAAGGGGGACUAGGAUGAGGGGAAAGGAGGAAGUCUUGGCUGUUUCCUAUCACCCACCUUGAGGGCAAGGUGGAUGUUUAGGGAGGGAGUAUUGAUAGGGAUCUACCUAUCAUAGGAAUUGGGCCUACUAGAUUGUUAAGAAUUGGGCCUAAUAGACCAAGAAUAUUAAUAAGUGUAAUAGACUAGUAUAAAUAGAAAUAAGUUGGGAAUAGUAAGGAGGCUGUUUUUAGACUUUGACUUUGGGACUUUGGGAGAUCGAGAACUAUUCUCUUUCUUUGGGGGGCUUCGGCUCAACUGGGGGCUUCGGCCAUUUGUUACGAUUACUGUUCUUCUUCUCUAAUAAAAUUGCAGAAGAAUGUGGUGCCACUGCCGGAUGGUUUAUCUGCCUAUGUCCUACUUGUAUGGGAAAAGGUUUGUCGGUCCAAUUACGCCAAUAGUUUUAUCUUUGAGGAAGGAAUUAUUCACUGUCAUGUAUCAUGAAAUCAACUGGGACCAGGCACGGAACCAAUGCGCAAAGGAAGAUCUUUUUUACCCUCACCCUCUAGCACAGGACAUACUUUGGGCUGCACUUCAUAAGCUUGUUGAACCUGUUUUGAUGUGUUGGCCUGGUAAAAAGUUGAGAGAUAAAGCUCUUCGCACUGUUAUGGAACACAUACAUUAUGAAGAUGAAAACACUAGAUACAUAUGCAUUGGCCCUGUAAACAAGGUGUUAAAUAUGCUUUGCUGUUGGGUUGAAGAUCCCGAUUCAGAAGCUUUCAAACUGCAUCUUCCAAGACUUUCUGAUUACAUUUGGGUUGCAGAAGAUGGCAUGAAAAUGCAGGGAUAUAAUGGCAGCCAAUUGUGGGACGCUGCAUUUGCUGUUCAAGCAAUCAUAUCUACUGAUCUUGUUAAUGAAUAUGGUAAAACUUUGAGAAAAGCGCAUGAAUACAUAAAGAACUCCCAGGUAUUAGAUGACUGCCCAGGAAAUCUCGAUAGCUGGUAUCGUCAUAUCUCAAAAGGUGCUUGGCCUUUCUCAACUGCAGACCAUGGAUGGCCCAUAUCAGAUUGUACUGCAGAGGGAUUGAAAGCAUCUUUGGCGUUAUCUAAGUUACCCCUAAAAGUUGUUGGGGAGCCAUUAGACACCAAGUGUUUGUUUGAUGCUGUAAACGUUAUACUCUCAUUACAGAAUCCAGAUGGUGGCUAUGCGACCUAUGAACUGACAAGAUCAUAUCCAUGGUUGGAGUUAAUCAACCCUGCUGAGACUUUUGGUGAUAUUGUCAUUGAUUACCCUUAUGUUGAGUGUACUUCAGCUUCGAUUCAAGCGUUGACAGCAUUUAAGAAGUUGUACCCUGGACAUAGAAGAGAAGAAUUGGAACAUUCAAUUGAAAAAUCUGCAAAGUUCAUUGAGAAGAUUCAAAAACCAGAUGGCUCAUGGUAUGGCUCUUGGGGUGUUUGCUUCACUUAUGGUACAUGGUUUGGGGUAUUGGGACUCGUGGCUGCUGGAAGGAACUUUAGCAAUUCUUCCAGCAUUCGCAAGGCUUGUGAUUUUCUGAUGUCAAAACAACUUCCUUCUGGUGGCUGGGGGGAGAGUUAUCUAUCUAGUAGUACAGGGGUUUAUACAAAUAUUCAAGGCAACAGAUCUCAUGUAGUACAUACAGCGUGGGCUAUGUUGGCCCUAAUUGCUGCUGGACAGGCUGAGAGGGAUUUGACUCGGUUACAUCGUGCUGCUAAAGUAUUAAUAAAUUCUCAGUUGGAAAAUGGAGAUUUUCCUCAACAGGAAAUAGUAGGAGUCUUCAACAAGAACUGCAUGAUAUCAUAUUCUGCCUAUAAGAACAUAUUCCCAAUAUGGGCAUUGGGAGAAUACUGCAAUAAGAUCCUGAAAGCUGGCCAGCCGUGAGUGAAAGAACAGUUCCCAGUUUAUGCCACCUCCAUUUGUUUAUUUUUUUACCUUGCUUCAGUAACUUCUUUGUUUUCCGUACUAUGUUGAUUUUCUGCAAUGUUUUCACCCUUGUUACUUGUGGAUUUAUCUAGCUACUACCUCACAUUACUCAGGGCACUUGCUGCUUUUGAUAAGGUAUCGUACCUGGAUGGGCUGCCGGACCGGGUCCACCCCUAGGACUAAGUAUGUUUUAUUACUCGAAUAUGACUUUAGUUCUAUUAGAAAGAAUAGGUUAAAUGAGACCAAUUGUUGCUUCCCAAAAUAGAGUGAAUGUUCACAUUUUGAUAAUAAAAUAAUACCCCCCCGGUCCCAAAUUGUAAGAUACAUUUACUAUUCACUUGGUCAACAUAAAUCACUCUUAAUCUUUUACUUUUUAUAUCAAAAGAUUAUGAAAUAUGAAUUAUUUUUUGCAGGUUUUGUAGCGGUUUUAAUAUAGUAUUUGAAUAUGUAUUUUUUUUAAAACUAAUUUGAGUGUUGACAGGGAUCAAUUUGCUUUAUCAUUGGUCAAACAUCGUAAACUGUAUAGUAUCUUACAAGUUGGGACAGAGGGAGUAGUAGUCUUAUCUAUGAACUUUGUCUUUUAAUCCUAUUAGGGAAUUUUUUUCGGAUUAAAAAUUACUAUGCGCUCUUUUUAGUGGGGUAAGAAGAAAAAGUAGAUGAAAUUAAAUAACUUGAGCGGGGAAAAAGAUUAAGUUAAUGAUGGUCAAGAAAAAAACAUUUAAAUCUUGAACUCUAGCUCAUGUACAUCAAGGAUGUUUUUACUUGGAUGGUUUUCAGUCUCAGACUAGAUUUAAACAUAUCAGACUAGACUUAAACAGAUUUGACUUGACUUCCGUAGUUAUAAAAUACAUAGAGAACAAACGUUUAUCGUACUAGAUCAGACCAUUUCAGAUGAAAUCAGAUUUAAAUAGACCAGAUCAGAUUAGAUUUAAAUAGAGUAAACUAGAUCAUCAAAUUAGAGUCUAGGUAAAACCGUAAAAACAUCCCAAGUGCAUGAGCUCCAUAAAAUUUUGCAAUAGCGAUAGACUAUGAAAAUAUGAAUUAGGCUAUCUCAAGUAGGAGUAGACGGAAGACAAGGUUUUGGUAGGAGUGGUCCUCCAGUUAUGGAUUGUUUCCGGCCUUAAGACUAUUUGGAACAGAGUCCAGCCAUUGUGCUGGAUCGUAUCAGGUUCAUUUUUCCGGUUCUCGAUGAAAACCGGGUACCUGACCAGGUGAAUAGGGUACCAGGCCUUGUUUCAAUGAUUUGGGGAUUGAAUCGGAUAGUCUUGGUUUCAGUCCUGAUUGGUUAUUUUUAUUUUCAGCCCUGAGAUCAGGCAACAACAACAACAACAUCCAAGUCUUAAUCCCAAAAGAAUUUGGGGGCGGCUAACAUGAAUCGAUCUAUGAUAUCGAUGCCUAAAAGAGAAGGUAGACAAGAAAACAAAAAAAAGUAAGAUAAAAUGAAUAAAAUAAAGAUACAUAAAUAUAAGAUAACAAUAACACAAGAAUAUAACCAAGAUAAAAGAAAAAUAAAUAAAAGAGCAUAAAAAAUCUAGAAGAUAAAAAUAGCAUAAGAAUAUAAAAAGAUAAGGAAGAUAAACGAUAAAAGAAACAAGAGAGGAAAGGUAGACAAGACAUCAAUCAUCCACAUGGAUGUGUGCCCUCCACUUUACUCUCUCCAAAGUCAUACUCUCAUCCAAACCAAGAAGACGCAUAUCAGUUCUGAUUACUCUAAUCCAAGUCUGUUUGAGUCUUCCCCUCCCUCUCUUCUCUGACUCUUCUCCCCACCCCUCAAGUCGUCUAAUAGGUGCAUCACUCGGUCUUCUAUGCACAAGCCCAAACCACCGCAAACGAGGCUCAUGCACCUUAUCUUCUAUAGGUGCUACUCCCACCUUUUGUCUGAUUACCUCAUUCCUCAGACGGUCUUUUCUGGUAUGUCCACACAUCCAACGCAAUAUACGCAUCUGUGUCACACUCAUCUUUUGAAUGUGGAAUUGCUUCACCGCCCAACACACUACGCCAUACAUUAAUGUCGGUCUAAUUGAUGUACGAUAAAAUUUACCUUUCAGUUUAGUCGGCAUACCUCGAUCGCAUAGAAAUCUUGAAGCACUUUUCCAUUUCAUCCACCCAGCUCUGAUUCUAUGACAUACAUCUCCAUCUAAUUCACCAUCCUUCUGAAUUAUGGAUCCCAAGUAACGAAACAUAUCACACACCGGUAUCUCCUUACCAUCAAGAGUAAUCCCACUGUUGCUAUUGCUUCUACCUCCAUCGAACUUGCACUCCAUAUACUCAGUCUUGCUUUGGCUCAGUUUGAAACCCUUGCUCUCCAAUGUUUGUCGUCAUACUUACAACUUUGCUUUAACACCGGAUUGUGUCUCAUCAAUCAAUACAAUAUCGUCG